AUGGAAAACUUGAAAUUUGAACACAGGUUAGACCAAAGUUUUAUUCAGAUUUUACAACAACCAGAGGUGUUAAAGUGGGUGGAAGAAGCAGUGCAGGCCUCCAAAGUUCACCUCCUAUCCACAGAUCAUUUGGAACAGGCUGUAAAUACUUGGAGAAUUCCUUUUGAUCCUAGCCUCAAAGAGGUCACUGUGUCUCUGAGUGGCCCUUCUCCAAUGAUUGAAAUUCGCAAUCCUUUAGGGAAGCUGGUAAAAAAGGGAUUUGGCCUGAACGAGCUAUUAAAUAUCUAUAACUCUGCCAAAGUGGUGAAUGUAAAGGAGCCAGAGGCUGGAACGUGGACAGUGAAGACCUCUAGCAGUGGAAGGCACUCUAUUCGCAUCACUGGCCUCAGUACUAUUGAUUUCCGAGCUGGCUUUUCCCGAAAGCCCACCCUGGACUUCAAAAAAACAGUCAGCAGACCCGUGCAAGGAGUACCUACCUAUGUGCUUCUGAAUACUUCUGGAAUUUCUAAUCCAGCUAGAGUAGAUCGUCUCGAACUUCUGAGUAUCUCAGGAGGUUCUCUUAAGACAAUUCCUGUUAAAUAUUACCCAGAUCGGCAACCUUAUGGCAUAUGGAAUAUUUCUGACUUCAUACCACCAAGUGAAGCUUUCUUUCUCAAAGUUACAGGCUAUGACAAAGAUGAUUAUGUCUUCCAGAGAGUGUCAAGUGUGUCCUUUUCUAGUGUUGUACCAGAUGCUCCCAAAGUAACAAUGCCCAGGAGAACACCAGGAUACUACCUGCAGCCGGGCCGAAUUCUCUGCUCUGUUGACAGUCUUUUGCCCUUUACCGUGAGCUUUUUCAGAAAUGGAGUUACACUUGGAGUCGACCAGUACUUCAAAGAAUCUGCCAGUGUGAACUGGGAUAUUGAAAAGGUCACUUUGUCUGACGAAGGCUCCUACGAAUGCACUGCUGUCAGCAGUGCAGGUACUGGACGGGCACAGACGUUUUUUGAUGUAUCAGAGCCUCCACCCGUCAUCCAAGUGCCUAAUAAUGUUACAGUCACUUCUGGAGAGAGAGCACUUUUGACAUGUCUUGUGAUCAGUGCCGUGGAUUACAAUCUAACCUGGCAGAGGAGCGGCAGAGAUGUCAGACUGGCAGAGCCAGCAAGAAUCAGGAUGUUGGCCAACCUCUCGCUGGAGCUAAGGAGUGUGAAAGUAGGCGAUGCUGGAGAGUACCACUGCACGGCUUCCAGUGAAGGUGGAUCGGCAGCAGCUUCCAUUUUCCUCACAGUGCAAG